AUGGAUGACCAGAACACUAAAUUAAAAACUACUGCUGUAUAUGUACUGAGGCAGACACCUUACACAAGCUUAAGGAUGGGAAAGCAAUUCCAAGCCAGUGUUGCAAAUGACAAAACAACUGUGCCAUCUAAGCUUUUGUCAGUCGACCGCAGAAGUCGAUGCCCAGUCGCAGUUCAUUUGAGAAACUACCAGGAUGGCGCAACCCACCAAGAUACCCUGCAUCAAAAAGCAGUUCAGAAUACGCCAUGCAACUCGAAAACUUGCGAGGGCUCCAUAAUGAACCCCAAAUCUCUGAUACGUGGGUCACCCAAAAUCACACCUGGCUCCUCUGACAUCCUCACCCAAGCAGUGGAUUUCAUCGACCAAUACUACAAAUCAUUCAAAAUUCCGAAUCCAACGGAACACCAGGUUCGGGUUGACAGGGUCGCACUGGAGAUCACCCUGACCGGAUGCUACACACUCACUGCAGAUGAACUUGCUUUUGGGGCCAAACAAGCGUGGAGGAACGCGCCGAGGUGCAUUGGCAGGAUUCAGUGGUCCAAUUUGCAGGUUUUCGAUGCGCGUCAGUGCAAGACUGCCGAGGACAUGUUUCAGGCCUUGUGUACUCAUCUAAAGUACGCAUCUAAUGGAGGAAACCUGAGAUCCGCCAUCACUGUUUUCCCCCAGAGAACAGAUGGAGAGCAUGAUUUCCGUAUUUGGAAUGGCCAGCUUAUAAAAUAUGCUGGCUAUCAGAUGGAGGAUGGAAGUGUGAUAGGAGACCCAGCAGGUGUAGAGUUCACACAGGUGUGUAUUCAGCUUGGAUGGAAACCAAAGUAUGGCUGCUUUGAUGUGCUUCCACUAGUCUUGCAGGCAAAUGGAGAGGACCCUGAACUUUUUGACAUACCAUCAGAACUGAUCCUGGAGGUCCCCAUAGAGCACCCACAGUAUGAAUGGUUCAAAGAUCUCAACCUCAAAUGGUAUGCAAUUCCUGCAGUUGCCAACAUGCUAAUGGAAAUCGGUGGUGUGGAAUUCACAGCAUGUCCCUUCAAUGGCUGGUACAUGGGCACAGAGAUUGGAGUGAGAGACUUCUGUGAUAGUCAGCGCUACAAUAUUUUGGAGCGUGUUGGUCAGUUAAUGGGCUUAGAGACAUGCAAGCUGUCUUCGUUGUGGAAAGACCAGGCACUUGUGGCCAUCAAUGUUGCUGUGAUUCAUAGCUACCAGAAAAGUAAGGUCACCAUCACAGACCACCACUCAGCAUGUGAGUCCUUCAUGCAGCACAUGGAGACAGAAGUCCGAUUGCGUGGUGGCUGUCCAGCUGAUUGGGUUUGGCUGGUGCCACCCAUGUCUGGCUCACUCACCCCAGUGUUUCACCAGGAGAUGCUAAACUAUGUCCUCUCCCCAUUCUUCUAUUAUCAGACUGAUCCAUGGCUAACACACAAGUGGAAAGAUGAGAAGAAAGGAUUUAGGAGAUGUAAGGUCAGCUUCAAAGGCCUUAUAAGAGCUGUGUUUUUUGCUCAAACACUCAUAAAAGCUGUUAUGGCCAAGAGAGUGCGCUGCACUGUUCUCUAUGCCACAGAAACUGGGAAAUCACUGACCUUUGCCAAAAAGCUAAACUCCAUGCUCAAACGAGCCUUUGACUCUAGGCUUGUUUGUAUGGAAGACUAUAAUUUCAGUGAACUUGAAACUGAGAGCCUCCUGAUGGUGGUCACCAGUACAUUCGGCAAUGGAGAAAGUCCAGGAAAUGGAGUGAGCUUCAAGAAGCAGCUUUUCAACUUGCAGAACAUGAAAAACAAUGUCAGGUACAGUGUGUUUGGCCUUGGGUCACGUGUGUACCCUCAGUUCUGUGCCUUUGCCCAUGCUGUGGAUGACAAGCUUGCUGAGUUGGGGGCCAAGCGUCUGACUGCAACAGGGGAGGGAGAUGAACUUAAUGGGCAGGAUGAGGCCUUCUCUGCCUGGGCUUGCACUGCUUUUAAGGAAGCAUGUGAGGAGUUUAACAUUAAAAAACAGCUGAAAGCGGUCGAGCAACAGUCCGACUGCUGGGAACCAAAGAGAUACAGAGUGCAGCCUGACAGUUGCAUCUUGGACCGUGUUACAGCACUGUCUGCUGUUCACUCUAAAACUGUGAUUCCUAUGACACUGAAGAGAAGGCAGAAACUGCAGAGUGCUCAGUCAAGUCGUUCCACUAUCCUGGUUGAGCUAAAGGUGGAUAAGAACACAGAGGCCUUGAACUUUGCCCCAGGAGAUCAUGUAGGUGUUUUCCCUGAGAACUCUUCAACACUGGUGCAUGGUAUUCUGAAGCAUAUUCCAGAUGCCUCUCCUUCAAACCAGAGCCUCCACCUGGAAAUCCUCUCUGACUCUACUCAUGAGGAAGGUAGAUGGCAGAUGGAUGAACGGAUCCCUGCUUGCACUCUAGUCCAGGCUCUUACAUACUUUAUUGAUAUCAAUACUCCUCCUUCACAAAGUCUACUGCGCAAACUCUCCACAGUGGCUGGUCAGAAAGCCGAUUGUAAACGACUUGAGGCACUUGCAUCAGAUUUCCAAGAAUAUUCUACAUGGAAAGAUCUCCACAGGCCUACAUUCUUGGAGGUGCUUGAAGAAUUCCCCUCUCUAAAUGUCCCUGCAGCCUUCCUUCUCAGCCAGCUUCCUCUGAUGAAGCCCCGUUUGUACUCCGUCAGCUCCUCAUUAGACCGUCAUCCGAACGAGCUCCACCUCACAGUAUCUGUGGUCGAAUACAACACUCAGGGCGGACUGGGCCCAAGACAUUUUGGCACCUGCAGCACGUGGCUUAACACCAUCAAAAGAGGACAUGUGGUUCCCUGCUUUGUUCAUCGCUCGGGUGGGUUCCAUCUCCCAGCAGACCCCAACACUCCAGUUAUUCUGAUAGGGGCUGGAAGUGGUAUUGCUCCUUUCCGUAGCUUCUGGCAACAGCGAGUUCAUGACAUGAAAAAGACAGGUCUGAAAAGUAGUGCGAUGACAUUGGUAUUUGGGUGUCGUGAUUCAGAAACAGACCAUCUGUAUAAAGUAGAGACACUGAAGUUGAGAAUUGAUGGUGUUCUAAGCGACGUCAAUACAGCAUAUUCCCGCCAUCCUGAUAAACCAAAGAUGUAUGUGCAGGAUGUCUUGAGGGAACAGCUAAAUGAAAAGGUCUUGGAAGUUCUACACAAGAACACUGGUCAUCUAUAUGUUUGUGGUGGCAUGAACAUGGCCCGCGAUGUUGUAUGCACUUUGAAGAAGAUACUGGCAAGCAAAACUGGCAUGACCAUCACAGAGGCUGGAGAAUAUCUGGAAAGGUUAAAGGGAGAGAAGAGAUAUCAUGAAGACAUUUUUGGAGCAUAAUGGCAGAGAUGUGCUGCAUCAUGUUUAUCUUGUCACACUCUGAAUCAUCUCUAAACUAAAUCACAUUUUGCCACAUGUUGAGGUACUAAUGAGGAACUACUUCAAAUUUUCAUCUUAUGUUUUUCCAUUUUUAAUAUCCUUGGAGAAUUUGUAAAUAUUGUUUUGGUCUUUGAAAUGUUUUUUUUUUUUUACUUGUUAUGACUGUAUGUACGUGACUCUGUAUUUACAUUAACAUUAUGUGAUGAUUAUUUACAAAGCUAAAGCUUUUAAAGUAUGGUAGGCAAUGCUCUGAUUUUAGAUGCUCUAAUUUAAGAGAACUGAUGGCUAAAUUUCAGUGCACUAGAAUAUUACAUACAGGACAGUUUUUAUUUUUUACAUUUUGUGCCAUAUUCUUUAACAUAUUGUGGAUCUAAGAUCAACUUUCACAAUUUCUGUGGUUUUGCUUUAGUUUAUGAAGCGCACAUCUUUUGUUUCCAUUUAGUUUCCGAAAGAUUCUGCUAAUUAUGACAUUUUCAUGUCUUAUACAUGUUUUUUUACA